ACGACGCGGGAUCAGUGAGCGUCGCGACGCCCGCCGGUGAAGUUGGUAAAAGCGUGCACUAAUCGGUCAAACUUUUCACAUAGUGAACGUUCGAUACAUUGCGGACAUUUCUCUUCGUUCUUUUUUUGAAGAGAAGAAAUGAAAAAAUAUGGACAACAAAGGGAUACAAGAAACGAAGUAAAUCUUUUUGAAACAUUUGUUCAUCUUUUUAUUGUAUUUUUUCGAAUAUAAGUUCCUCGAUUACGCGCGAUAUCAAGUGAACCGCGCUCACGCGCACGAUUAUGGGGCUAAAUGGGGGCUGAUGGACAUUUUCGAGUGACCUUGUCCCUCAGAAGAGAACCAGCGGCGGGCCCAGUUUAUUGUAAAAUGGAGACUUCCGCAAGAUUUCGACAGCUUAAAACCGUCAAACUCAGCUGUGAGGCUAUGUAUCGUCUCGACAUCAGCUUCAAGCCGCCGCAACUACUGCAAUCGUUGAGCAUUGGAGGAAAGCAAGUGGAAGCUAUCGAGCGUGCAAGAGACGGUACAGCUUGCGCUUACAGCGCUUAUCAUAGCACAAAAGGAAUUCCUGCAAGCGCGAGGGGUCAUCGAGAGGAACUUUCGAUAGCCAUGCGGGUUCUUGGCUCUGGUUAUCUUACUACCUGCCUGCAAAUCAAAUAUUACCGUCAGGAUGAUCAGAGUCAUUGCGAAUGGGGAGCGAGAUUGCAUUGUAUCGAGCUCGAUUGUACAAGCGUUGAAGGGAGACUUGUUACUGUCGAUCGAGAAACUUACAGAAAGCUUGGUAUAGAAUCAUAGCGAUUAGAGUUAAUGCCGUAAUGAAGCCGGCAAUUUUUGUAGGUUAAAAGAAAAAUAUAUAAAUAUAGAAAAUAGGCUUUUCUUACAGCUAGACGGUUUCAAACCGGUAAUUUGCUUAUUGGAUGCGACUUCAAUUUAUUUCUAGUGGUCACAACUUACUUGAUCGUUUGUGAAAUGCAUUAUUUUUUUUUUAAUACAAUUUUUGUCACUUUCGAAAAACAACGUUGCUUCAGGAUAAUUUUGAAUAUCGUAUUUGGCGCUUUCAGUUAUUUUGUCAUUAAACGAUAAAAAAUGUAUUAUCGAGAGAUCAAAUAUAACGGUUUGAACAAAGUUUGUACGUAGAUGGUAGUACGAUUUGUGGUAAGAUAUUUAAUUUAAAGGGUGGAAAAUUGAAUUAAAUCAUAAAAAAAUCACUUUUACUAAUGCUAAUAAAUAUUAAAGAAAAUAUAAGAAAAAGAAAAAAUUGAGCAAAGGAAAUGACAAAGCAAGAUAAUAUUGUGCUUAUAAUGCUUUCUCGAUGUUUCGCCAAAUCGUGUGAAUGGCUGAUAGAACGAAUGUUGCAUGGCUGUAAACGCGAGUUUCACAAUUUGAUGAUCGAAAUGUUUGCUUUGUACG